AUGUCGAUCAUGCCAGUUAAGAAUGCUUUGGCGCAAGGAAGGACGCUCCUCAUGGGGAGGAUGCCUGCUGUAAAAUUUUCCACAAGAAUGCAAUUAAGAAACAGAACCGCUGUGCUAUGGAAUAGAAAGUUUUCGACCCGUCUUUUCGUCCAACAACGACGUAGUUCUGGCGAGAUUGUGGACCGUGCUAAGGCUGCUGCCGCAAAUAGCGGUAGAAAACAGGUCUCUAUGAAGUGGGUGGUACUGACGAGUUUCACCAUCGUUCUGGGAACCAUUUUGUUGGUCUCAAGGAAUGAUACCACAGGCGAAGAAGAGGCUACAGAGAAUAAGAAAGGAAGAAGAACAAGAAAAAUCAAAAUAUUUAACAAUAACUGGUUUUUUUUCUGCUAUUCCACUUUACCUUUAAAUGCAAUGUCUCGACUAUGGGGUCAAGUUAAUUCCCUUACAUUGCCUGUCUGGGUUAGACCAUGGGGUUACAGGUUAUAUUCUUUCCUAUUCGGAGUUAAUUUGGACGAAAUGGAAGAUCCUGAUUUGACACAUUAUGCAAACUUAUCGGAAUUCUUUUAUCGUAAUAUAAAACCGGGCACACGUCCAGUAGCAGAAGGUGAAAACAUCAUUGCCUCACCUAGUGAUGGGAAGAUUUUACAAAUUGGCAUAAUCAACUCUGAAACUGGUGAGAUCGAGCAAGUCAAGGGUAUGACAUACUCUAUCAAAGAAUUCCUCGGUACUCAUUCCCAUCCUUUAAUGUCAAAGAGUGAAUCUAGUUUGGAUCUGACUUCUGAUGAGGAAAAGCACAGAGAGUUCGCUAAGAUAAAUAAGUUACAAAUAGCAGGUUCCGAGGGUACAGAACAGCCUCUUAUCAGUAUAAAAAAUGAGGGCGACCAAUCUGUUGAAGAAUUUAAACCAAGUGUCUCCAAAAACGUGCAUCUUUUAAGUCAACUUUCUUUAAACUACUUCUCUAAUAACUUUUCGUGCUCAGAGCCUCAUAAUACAGAACUUUUUUUUGCCGUCAUUUAUUUGGCACCCGGUGAUUACCAUCAUUUUCACUCCCCAACUGACUGGGUUUGUAGGGUUCGCCGGCAUUUCCCAGGUGAUUUGUUCUCUGUUGCACCUUACUUUCAGCGCAAUUUCCCUAAUCUUUUUGUCCUGAAUGAAAGGGUCGCUCUAUUGGGUAGUUGGAAAUAUGGUUUCUUCAGUAUGACGCCUGUUGGCGCAACAAAUGUUGGUUCUAUCAAGCUAAAUUUUGAUCAAGAAUUUGUGACAAAUUCUAAAAGCGAUAAGCACUUAGAACCGCACACCUGUUAUCAGGCAGUUUAUCAGAAUGCAAGUAAGAUAUUAGGGGGGAUGCCUUUGGUUAAGGGUGAAGAAAUGGGAGGGUUUGAAUUGGGUAGUACUGUUGUACUUUGUUUUGAGGCUCCAACUGACUUUGAAUUUAAUGUUAAGGUUGGCGAUAAAGUUAAAAUGGGACAGAAUUUAGGUAUUAUUGGAGAUAAGAAUCCGAAUUAA